AUGGGCUCAGUCUCACGUAAAAGGUAUGCCCUGGUGGGCACCGGCGGCCGCUCUGGUUUCUUCUACAUGGCGAUUGUGAGAGACUUCAAGGACACGCCAGAGCUGGUAGCUUUCUGUGAUACGAACCAGACGAGAAUGGACUAUGCAAACUCCAGGCUGCAGGAAUUGGGACACUCGGCACUUCCUACCUAUAAAGCCAUCGACUUUGAUCGGAUGAUUGAGGAAACCCGCCCCGAUGAGGUGAUUGUGACCACCAUCGAUCGCACACAUAACAAGUACAUUGUCCGAGCAAUGGAGCUGGGUUGCAAUGUGGUGUCAGAGAAGCCCAUGACGAUUGAUAUCCCCAGAUGCAACGAGAUAUUCAAUGCCAUUGAACGGACCGGUCAGAAGCUUCGUGUUACAUUCAACUACCGUUAUGCACCUCAUAAUACUAAGGUCUACGAACUGAUUUCGUCUGGAGCGAUUGGCACGGUGAAUUCAGUCGCAUUUCAAUGGGAUCUGAACACUUCGCAUGGGGCCGACUAUUUCCGCCGUUGGCAUCGGGACAAGAGAAACAGUGGUGGCCUACUUGUCCACAAAUCCACCCACCAUUUUGACUUGGUCAACUUCUGGCUUCAAAGCCGUCCCGACACCGUGGUUGCCAUGGGCGAUUUGAGGUUCUACGGACGCGAAAAUGCCGAAAGGCGUGGGGUGACAAAGUUUUAUACCCGGGCGCAUGGAAGCGAAAACGCAAAGGAUGAUCCAUUUGCGGUGCACCUGGAGGACAACCCCCAGUUGAAGGCACUGUACCUCGACGCGGAGAAGGAGGACGGCUAUCACCGAGAUCAAAGUGUUUUCGGCGAUGGCAUCAGUAUUGAGGACACCAUGGGCGUCAUGGUUAGGUACAAGUCGGGAGCGAUUCUCACAUACUCCCUGACAGCGUACUCGCCGGUGGAGGGCUUCAGGGUAGUUUUCACGGGGACGAAAGGACGUCUUGAGCUUGAGGUCGUUGAAAAGUCUUAUAUCAACUCUGGCGGCGAGCAGAGUCACGAAGGCUCCCUCGAGCGUCGAUCGAUCCUACUGCGACCCAUGUUCGGUACGCCCACUGAGAUUGAGAUUCCGGUCAGCGGCGGCCACCAUGGAGGAGGGGAUCCGCAGCUGCACAAUGACAUUUUCGGGACGCCGGAGCCCGACCCGUUCAAUCGAGCUGCAUCCCAUAUCGAUGGUGCCCUUUCCAUUCUGACUGGCAUCGCUGCCAACAAGUCCAUGAACACCGGCCAGACUGUCAGGGUUGAUGACCUUAUAAACAUCAGGUAA